AAUUCAUUCAGUCAUUGCAUUCAUCGCAUACUAUCAGACAUUAUGUGACAAACAUUGACAUCGAUUAGGCAUUGAAUGUCAUCUCAAUUAGUAUAGUACUGUAUAGUAUCCAAAACAUUCCUUCAAUUGUUUCCACAAAUGGAUAAUAUGUUCGGAAACAAGAAGAAUAAAUCGACUGAAGACUACUACCAGACAUUGGGCUGCGAUUCAAACUCAUCCUCGGAGCAAAUCAUAUGUGAGUACAAGAAUCGGGCGCUUCUUCUGCACCCCGACAAACACGAUGACAAGGAAUCGGAGGAACUGUUCAAACAGUUGGUCAAAGCCAAAGAGUCGGAGCAAAUCAUAUGUGAGUACAAGAAUCGGGCGCUUCUUCUGCACCCCGACAAACACGAUGACAAGGAAUCGGAGGAACUGUUCAAACAGUUGGUCAAAGCCAAAGAGGUUUUAACUGAUCCGCAGAUGAGGAAACAGUACGACAAAUGGAGAAGCAGUGGAAUAGCCAUUAGUUUCGAAGAGUGGAACCGUUUGGGGAAAGGGGCGCAGACUUCCAUGCAUUGGAGGAAUGACUACAAAAGGGAUCUCAUGAUAGGUAAUGGAGAUAAUGAGAGCUCAGACCAACGCCAACACCGGUCUGGAAGCGGUUCCAGAGUGUUCGCCACGGAUUGGAGCAGUGAUUGCAAUGAUGUGCUCAAGAAGUUUCGCAAUUAUGACAUUUAAGUUAUUUGUUACAUGUGUUGAUACAGUAUUUGACAUUUUUAACAUUUUCGCUGUCAUUAAGUUUUCAUAUUUUAUAUCAUUUUCGUUAUACAUAAACAAAAUUUAUUGAAACUUUUAUUCUUAAUUACAAAUCAAUGUUAAAACAACUAAUUAUCGAUUCAAUCGAUUUUAACUAAGACAAACGUGUCUACAAACAAAGUAUUAUAUGAACUGUAAGGAACUGUAGGGAACGGGAGUGGAGGGUAACCCUAGGAAAGGAGUUAUUAUGGGAGAGAUUUAUGGGUUAAAAACUAAAUUGUUAUAUAAUUAUAUAAUUCCUAUUUUAUGGCAAUUAAUCGUAAAUCAAAUCUAA